GAAUGCCACAAUCGGUGCUGUAUCCUUGCUCCGAAAGCAACUGUGUGACGAGUUAUAUCAUUCCCUUCGUGCGGGCUGGUCAUGUCAAAACAUUGUUCAACUUUUCAUAAAUAUGGCCGUCGGAAUCCGUGUGGCUCCAGAUCCGGUUAGGAAUUUUCACGGAUAAUCAGUGAAGGUGGAAAAUUUGUUAGUUAAUUACUGGUGUAAAUCGUCGUAAAUGAUACGAAGUGUUGGCGGGUUGUAGUGCGAAGUGAUUUACAGGAAUUAGACACUAUCAUUGACUGUGGAAAGAGGGAGGAUAACUCUACGCCCAGUUUUUUAGAACUACGAUUCAUUUCAGGACAGAGGCACAUCGAAAUGCUGGCGCAACAGCUGCCACCAUCUGUGGAACGGUCACGGAAAACCAUUAACAUCGACACUCUUCAACGAUAAGAGGAUCCACGAGGAAAAAAUAUACCCGUUCACACACUCACGUUUCGUAAUAAACCCAACCGAAAAGUUUCCGGAGUAAAACAUCAAGCCCACUUACGCGCACCGAAAAGGGUACUUACCCCAUCCAUUAACAAGUCAAGACCUCGCUCCCCCCCUUGGUGGGGUGGUGUCGUCUUGCGUCAAGUGCGGUACACGUUUUCACACCCCAACCCGGCGGUAUUAGAGUAUGUACGGCGGUGGGAGCCCCCCAUCGAAACUAACGGGGGGCUCCAUGUCAUCUCGCAGCAAACGCGCCAAAAAGACCUCCUGGGGUGCCCGGGAGAGAGCCGGCAUGAGCUUCCUGAUCGUGAUAGCAUUCUUCGCUAUCUUCGGACUGAUUAUCCUUACAGAGGUGCUGAUGAUUGAUGAUCGAGGACGAGGCGGUGGAGUCAUAGUGCGGCAUGGAAGUAGCGGUGGGCGAUUUGGGGAGUCCGUCCCCGAUUAUGACGACGUUAAGGACGAUUAUUUGGACGACACCGGUAUAUUCGUGCGUGAAACAAAGUAUGGCAACACAGCUAUUAAAAAUAUAAUUAAGAAUCAAAAAGACUCAAAACUGUCUAUUGGUAUGACCGUACAAUUAGAUCCAGCAGAACAGCGAAAUCUUCCGGUGAUACCAUGGGGACAGAUGCUCCCAUCUAAAACGGAGCAAAGCCUUCCACAAUACCCGGCCGACAUGCGCCCAACCGAUGGCUCCUGGGAAAUCGUCAACGGGACGCGUUACAAAUUUUUCGUUUUUUCGGCGUAUUACGACCGGAGAGAUGGAAAAUUGGUGCGGAUUAUUGGGGCCACGAAGACGCGUGGGCCGGAAAAGGUGUGGUGCCGGUUUUGGUAUCCAACUGGUUCAAAUACCACCCGAUAUCGAUCCGCUUCCGUGAUGGCAAGAGUGAAGGUCAUACGAGAAAAUUGGAAUCUGAAGUACAGUGCUUGCUUCAUUCUUUGUCCAAUACGAGGUCCUUUUCCAGAAAUACCGUACGCAGUUAGUGUAGUUAGCAAAAUAAAAUCGCCACCUGGAAACGUACUACUGCUAAGAAACAACGAUAACGAUCCCGAUUUUAACAAUCGUACAUUCAGUAAUAUCCCCAAUAGCAUUGGAGUAUGUGUGAAGCCUUUGCAUUUCAACUAUGACCAGGCCCUCUACAUGUUGGAAUUUCUGGAGCUGAACAGUCUACUAGGAGUGACACACUUCACUUUCUAUAAUCACACGAUUGGACCUAAAGCGAGCUGUAUCCUGCAGCACUAUGUAACUGGAAAUCUCCCACCAUUGAUAACCCCAUUUGCCCCAGUCAGGGAUCGAACGAACACCGGUCCAUCCGUUGAGAGCAACAAUGUUCCCCAAGAGGAGAUGGCUCCUACGAAGCUGAGCGACAAUACAUCGUACCAGAAGCCGAAGAUUACUGUAAAUAUUUUGCCGUGGAAUUUGAGAAUGCGAUCCCAGAAGGAGAUUCGCACGGAAGGGUUGUUUGCAUCGUUGAACGAUUGCCUCUAUCGAAGCAUGUACAGGUACUCUCAUGUUGCACUGAUUGAUUUAGAUGAAUUUAUCAUACCACACCACAACGAUACUUUGAUCGAUCUUAUAAAUUGGCUGUCGAAGCGGAUCAAUAGCAGAAAUACGGGAGCUUAUUCCUUCCAGAAUGCAUUUUUCUAUUUGCAAUUUGCGGACGAUGUUUCUAUGAUGGAUGAUGGAUCGCCCGAGGCAGAUCUUCGAGCAGCUCUUACGACGCAGAGGAAGACAAGACGGCGCUCGAAACUGCACCCACAAAAGCAACGCUCAAAGUACAUUUGUAAACCGGAAGCCGUCAUCGAAGCUGGCAAUCACUUUGUGUGGGAAUUUUGCCCCGGCCGGGGAUCGCUCAAUGUGCCAGCCGAUGCAGCUAUUCUGCAUCACUAUAGGGUAUGUGAGUUUUGGUGCGACGACUGCAUCAAGUCACCAUCCAGUGGUGGACCGAACUGCUCAUCGGUACUCCAAACGGCUACUGGACAGGGUUGGCACAGUGUACAACUACCUUAA